AUGAAUCCGUCUUCUCUCCACAGCUUCUCCCAGCCACCGCCUUCCUCACCCCUCUCUUCCGGUCUCCCAUCCUUCCUCUUCUGUUCGUCUCUUCGUCACUCUUCUUCCCUUUCUUCUCCCUCGUCUUCUCCUUCUCCUGCCUCUUCUUCUCCCUCUCCUGCUCUUUCUCCUUGUCCCUCUUCUUCUUCUCCCUCUUCUUCUUCUCCCUCUUCUUCUCCUCCUCCCUCUUCCUUUCCGCAUUAUUCUCCUGCGCACUUCAAGCGUCAGUCGCCUCGUCAGUUGCAGCAGCUGGCGACGAAUCUUGCAGCUCGGGGGUGCUGCGACGUCGUCAUCUGGAGUUCGAUCAUCCAGCGCGCGAUUGAAAUCAACCGGUCUGGCGGGUCGGCGGAGGACGGGGGCCGCGCGGUCCCGCCCUUCCGCUUCUUCGAGGCUCUCAGCUUCUUGCACUGCGUCUGCGCGCUGAGCCUGACAGACCGCGAGCUCUUUCUCUCCUUCGUACCGUGUUUCCUGCGGUCUACGUCUUCCCUGGAGCCCAGACACCUUGCCCAGAUCCUCACGGUGUACGAGGCAGCAGGUGUACGUCCACGCGGACUGUACGUCGCCGUCUUCAACCGCGUACUCAAGCUCGCCCCUUCCUUCUACUCUCACGAAUUCGCGGAUCUACUCUGCUGCCUGGCGCGCCUGAAAAUCGCGAAUCCCUCCUUCCUCGCCGCAUUCUCGCAAACCCUCGUCUCGCGUCUCCCAGAAAUCUCCUUCCCGGACGCAUGCAGAUGCGUCGGCGCUCUCCGCAGCCUCGGCGUUGCUCAAGAAAGUCUCUUCGACCUUUUUGAUGAACGUCAAAAAAAAGAACUCGAACUCCUCCCCACGCAACUCCUCCUCGAAGACUUCCAAAAGGUUCUCAGCCUCGAGUUCAGCUGGCAGGCGUACGAGAAUAUGAUUCAGGAAGAAUUUAUUAAGAGGACGGAGGCGAUGCUCGAUGAUAAAGAUGUGGAUGAACUGGCUGAUCCUUUUGCAUGUUUAAAUUUUAUGAAGACGCGGAACCUCGUCUCGGAUAAAUUUCUCCUCGCCCUCAGCAAGUGGUGCCGAGCAGCGGUCAACCGACCUGCGACACGAUCGUACAAACGCCCUUUAGCUCAUCAACUCGUCCAGCUUCACGACCUCAUGAGGGAAAGAAAUCUGGAGCAAAACAAAGCACUCGAACAGGCUGUGCUGCGAUUUGUCGCUGAUGACGGGGGCUGCGUGCGUCGGCCUCGCACGGUGAAGCCGCUCUUGUAUCAGCGGAAUCGUCGCUACAUUUCCUGUCCCGAUUUGCUGCCGGACGGGGUGGAGCCCGCGGGGCCGUCUGCAGCCCUCGCGGCUCGCGAUCCGUUCAUGAACCAAGAGGCGCUGGUCCGUGCAUGCACGCCCGAGGACGAGGCGCGUCAAAGGGUACCGUUCGGCGCACAGGCCGAGGCUGCCUACCGCCGACUGCAGAGAAACAGGAAAUUCCUUCGUUUCGUGCAGGAAGAAGCCGAACAAAUGGACGGAGAACUGCGAACCUCCGGCGGAUUCUAG